AUGGACAACAUUCCCACCUCAAGUUCAUUAUUAAACUAUGACAGCAUUUCUAGGUCAAACAUAAAAAGUUCAAAAUCUACCGCUAUUGACCAUGCCGAAGAGUUUGCAAAAGAUUUUAGUAAAUUGGAUAAUUUAAUUGGAUUUAAGCAGCUAGUUGAAGAUUUUGAAAUAGAAUUGCCAGAAGAAAUAUUGAUUAAAGCACUUAAAUUACUUAGUGAUGCAUCAUCUUUUGAAAUUCAUUUAGAAAAAACUAUGAUACGUCUUGAAAUUCAUCUAAGAACUUGGAUGUCAGCUUUAGAAAAAGUGUGCUAUUCUCCUGUCGUUCUAGGAUAUGAAAUCCGUGAGUAUCUCUAUAUACAUUUAAGCGACUUUGUUGAUUUUCAUCAUAGGAUGACAAACGCUUUUAGACAAGGUGUUGGUAAUAGUUUUAAGUCAAAAGGAAAAUCUAAAGAAAUGCCCAAUAAUAAUAAUAUUUAUAUGCAUUUUCAAAAUUAUAAUAUUGAUUUUUUAUUAAUGCAUUUACGUGAUACCUUACAUAGCAUGCGUGAUGAUGAAACAUGCAUGGAUGAAAUUUUACGUCGCAUUAAAGAUUUUCUUUUGGCAUUUAUUCGAAUUUCGCCAAAAGCGGUUGGAGCUGCAGCAGGAAAUUUUUCAGGAGCACUUGGCAUUGCUGAAGUUUUGCCAAACCUUGCUCAAGUCUUUAAAUUCAAAUAUCCUAUUACUUAUUGGUAUCCAACGUGGCGUGAACUUUUAUCAAUUCAUUAUUUGCUAGAGAAUUUGGCUAAAGAUGAGGAUUACAAUAAAUUACGAUUCUAUAAUGAAACUUAUCUUCUUGAAUUACUUUGGCAAUGUAUUUUUGAUUUAAGUAUUAAUCAAAAAGCUCAAAAUGAAAUUUUAAAUAAUCAAAAUGAAAUUCUUGAAUUUAUGAAUUUAUGGACAAAAAAAGAACCAACGGCACCUCCAAAUUCUUUAUGGUUUGGAACUUUAGACCUUACUCUCCACUUAAGCCAAAAAACAACUCAAGUCGUUAGUUUAGCUCUUUGCUAUUAUUUAGCUUUAGAAUCAUUACAAAAUUCUAAAUGCAAUUAUAUUUGUUUUAAAUCUUUAGAAUUACUUUUAUCACUAUCUUAUCAAAAACCAGAAUUGUUUAAUGAUAUAGUAAAAGACGAUAUCAACAAAUACAAGGAGUCAUUGUCAACAACUUCUCAACAAAUUUUAGAAAAAAUUAUUCAUGACGUAGAUCAAAAACUUCAAUUAAAUCUCAAAUUUAUGAAACUUAAAGAGAAUUCGGAAAUAAAAAGUGAUAGAAAAUUAAUAAAUAUCAUCGCAGACGAACUUACUUGCCCAAUUACUAAGCAAAUAACUGAACAAGAAGGUUAUUUUAAUAAGUUAUCUGAAGAACGGCAAAUAUUGCCGAAUAAAAUUUAUAUGGUAGAAGACAAUUUAUUUUUAAAAUUUAAUAAGCAUAAAAUAUUUCAAGGUUCUAUACUUCCAAAGUUUUCCACACCCAUUUUUCAAAAGGUUCAACCAAAAAUUAUGCUACCGGCUUUUAACAAGGCAGCUAAAGCGGACCUACAAGGAGAUUAUGAAGCAGUUAUUAUGUGGUUAACACAAGUUUUACAAUUAUAUCCAAAAAGCUAUUCAAUUCGAUGUAGAAGAGCGUUUGCAUCUUAUAAACUUAAAAUGUAUUCAAAGGCUAAAGAUGAUUUAGAUAUAGCAAUUCAAUUAAGGCCCUUAAAAUCAUUUAUAGAAGCAUUAUAUUUC